AUGGCAGAGACGCAGCACCAACCCGUGCAGGGCUAUUCUCGUACUAGUUCUGCACCCCCCGAACAUCAAGACCAAAUAUAUGUACCCUCAACGCGUCCCACCACUGCGGAAGAAACCUCAGACGAAGAACCCGUAUCCGUAACACGGGCAAGGGACUUGGUUAUUCUGCUUGAUUUCCUCAAAGAUCAAAGAGACCCCGAUGACUGCAUGAGUUGGGUUGAACUUUCGGUACAUCGAGAUAUAUAUAUAUCCGAGCGAGAAAUCAUCGAGCAAUCAUUCAGUCAGCAUGAUUACGACCCGAACCGUGGUUUGCUUACUCUCCGGUGGCCACCGAAUUUCCAUGGGCUUUUCGCGCCCGAAAUAGCUUACGAACUGCACCGUCAACUUCGCCAAAUAGGCAAGCAAAAGAAUAACCCCGGUAUGUUUGCUUCCAAACUCAUGUUGGGAGGCUCAGCAACUGUUCAGCUCGCUGAGGGUGAUUCUAAAUCAUUCCAACCCAUUCGGCGUGAUCCGGACGCACAACAUCUCCACCCAAGAUCCCGGUACCCAGGUGUCGUGAUAGAGGUGUCCUAUUCCCAAGACGGUAAAGACCUAAGGAAGCUUGCCGAGGAUUAUAUCCUCUAUUCCAAGGGGGAUAUUAAAGCCGUUGUCGGCGUUGACGUCAACCACACAGAGAAAGAGUCUACAGUUUCACUUUGGCGUGCGAAAUGGACAAGUGUGGAAAAUGACGUUAUUGGAGAACCGAAACUAGAGUCUAGAGAAGUUAUUUCAUAUGAGACGUUUCGAUCCGUUGAUGGACGCGCACAAAAUGCGGGAAAAUACCUGGAGCUUGCACUCCGCGACUUUACUCCUCGGGCGUUGUCUGCUUCACACGAGUCAGUACCAGUAUCCAUAUCUUACAGAAGGCUCUUUGAUAUGCUCCAGGCAGCCGAGGCCGUGGGAUGA